AUGAGCUCAAGAACAGGAGCGAGCGCUUCCACCUCCUCCUCGAUCCACCGGAAACCACGAGCUGUCGACCGCGACUCGGACGACUUGGACGCGCUGCUAGAGGAGCUCGAGGCGGAGCUGGAUGAUGACUUUGAUCUGGGCGGAUUCAGGGAGAAGCGGAUGCUCGAGUUGAAGGCACAGGUGGAUGCUGCGCGACGAGUGCAAGAGUCGGACUAUGGCAAGCUGACGGAAAUCAGGGUGGAAAAGGACCUCAUCGCCCGGACAGCAAAGGAGAAGCGCUCCGUCGUGCACUUCUUCCACCGCGACUUUCGACGAUGCAAGAUCAUGGACGCCCAUCUCGAGAAACUCGCGGCAAAGCACCUCGACACGCUGUUCCUAAAGGCGGACGUUGCCAACGUUCCUUUUCUCGUCACCAAGCUCGACGUCAAGGUGCUGCCCUGCGUGAUUGGCUUCGUGGACGGUGUUACCAAGAUGAAGCUCGUCGGCUUUGAGGAUCUACCUGGCGGAGACGCCUUCACUACCGCCUCGCUUGAGCUCGGCAUGCAGCAGUGCGAAGUGCUCUCCAAGUAUCCAGGUUCUGCAUCGCCUUUCCCGUCUGUGCAGGGCGCAAGACGAGACGAAGGCGGCCGGCGACGCAUCCGCACAGGUGCGCGCGGAGACAACUCGGACUUGGACGAUUGA